AAUUCCUUUCUCAUGUAACAUAUAAAACUUUCCGAUUUGAUCUUGUUUAUUGUUGUUGUACAUUUUUCUAAUGGUUCUCUCAAAGUCUCUAACCAUCUUUGGAGCGGUUGUCUCCAUUUUUUUGUUGGUAUUAAACAAUGGUGUUGAAGCAUUUCAUAAAAUAUACCCUCAUCUUCAAUCCGUUUCAACAAUAUCUGUGAGCGAAGUGCAUAGAACUGGAUACCAUUUCCAACCUCCUAGGAAUUGGAUCAACGAUCCAAAUGGACCAAUGUACUACAAUGGAUACUAUCACUUGUUCUACCAAUACAACCCAAAAGGUUCGGUGUGGGGGAACAUUGUGUGGGCCCACUCAGUAUCAAAGGAUCUUAUAAAUUGGAAAUCAGUUGAACAUGCUCUUUAUCCAUCUAAAUCCUUUGACAAAUAUGGAUGUUGGUCCGGAUCAGCCACAAUAGUUCCGGGUAAAGGACCUGUCAUACUUUACACAGGAAUUAUUGACGAAAACAGCACUCAAGUCCAAUGUUAUGCUGUACCCGAAGAUUUAUCUGACCCGCUUCUUAAAAAAUGGAUCAAACCUGAUAAAUACAACCCGUUUUUGGUAGCUGAUGAAGGAGUAAACGGUAGUGCAUUUCGUGAUCCAACAACUGCAUGGAAGGGUAAAGAUGGAAUUUGGAAAAUAUUGGUUGGUAGUAGAAGGAAACAUAGAGGAAUGGCUUAUUUGUAUAAAAGUAAAGAUUUUGUGAAAUGGGUUCGAGUCAAACACCCGAUCCAUUCAGCAACAACGGGUAUGUGGGAGUGUCCAGAUUUUUAUCCGGUUUUAUUGAAAGGGAAAGAUGGGUUGGAUGCAUCAGUGGAAGGUAGUCAUGUAAAACAUGUGUUAAAGAAUAGUCUUGACUUGACUAGAUUUGAGUAUUAUACAUUAGGUACAUAUUUUAGUGAUAAGGAUAAGUUUAUUCCUCAUAAUACUUCAGAGGAUGGUUGGGGUGGCCUAAGAUAUGAUUAUGGUAAUUUCUAUGCUUCCAAGUCAUUUUUUGAUCCAAGCAGAAAUCGAAGAGUCAUUUGGGGUUGGGCUAAUGAGUCUGAUUCCAAGGAAGAUGAUGUUAAAAAAGGAUGGGCUGGAAUUCAGGCAAUUCCAAGAGUUGUGUGGCUUGAUUCUACCGAAAGACAGUUAGUACAAUGGCCCGUUGAAGAAUUGAAUGGACUAAGAGGGAAAGAAGUUAGUAUGAACAAUCAAAAGCUUCAAAAGGGUGAUUAUGUUGAAGUAGGUGGAAUAACUGCAGCACAGGCAGAUGUGGAAGUUACUUUCUCAUUUUCAAGUUUGGAGAAGGCAGAGCCGUACGAUCCUAGUUGGGUAAACGCACAAGAUCUUUGUUUUCAUAAAGGUUCAAAAGUUGAAGGUGGAGUUGGGCCUUUUGGGCUUUUGACUUUGGCUUCAGAAAAUUUGGCUGAGUUCACUCCCGUGUUCUUCAGAAUUUUCAAAGCUCCAAACAAACAUGUCGUUCUUUUAUGCUCUGAUGCCUCCAGUUCUUCUUUGAAGAGUGAAUUGUACAAGCCAUCAUUUGCUGGAUUUGUAGAUGUGGAUUUAGCCUCAAACAAACUUUCUCUUAGGAGUUUGAUUGAUCACUCAGUAGUGGAAAGUUUUGGAGAAGGAGGGAAAACAAACAUUUUGUCUAGGGUUUAUCCGGUGCUAGCCGUUACAAACCAAGCUCAUUUAUUUGUGUUUAAUAACGGUACCGAACUAAUCACUGUGGAGAACCUCAAAGCAUGGAGUAUGAAGUCGGUUGAAAUAAAUUGAAGUGCUUAAAAUUCAAUUUACAUAAGAUUUGCUUAGCUUACUACAAUUUGUAUUAGGAAUAUAGUUUUAAUGUAAAAGUGGUUCUAAGAAUAAUUAUCUGGUUGAUCUUUUAAUGAUAACAAAAGAAAUAAAUAAAAAUUGUUAUUACCUAA